GUAUCGGGUUCAUCAGAUAAGACUAUGAAACAAUGGGAUAUGGAAACAGGACAAUGCAUUUUAACAAUGGACAUUUUAUGGGCCAUGUCCAGUUCAAAAGCUGAACUUAAGCAAGUAGGUUUUUUCUCAGGAGAAUACGCACUUGAAUAUGGAGAUUUUGUCGGAGCUCUGCAAUUCCGAGAUGUUGGUUUGGCAAGCGGGACUGAAGAUGGUGUAAUUCGAAUGUGGGAUUGUAUCUUAUUACUGAAUAAUAAUUGA